AGUUGGUCGGACUAACACUGACUGUAUGCUGACCUGCCAGCGCCUUCUUUUCUCCACUUUAAAAUCUGCCUGCUCCAACGACAAUCUGAGGCUGGCGCAGGACUGUGGUGCGCACUGGCUGCUGGCCACAGGCCUAAAUGACCUUUAGGAUUUGGAGCAGGAGGCACCGGGCGACACUCCCUCACAUUGUGCUGAGAGUCAUCAAUUAUGCAGGGAAGCCGCUAGGCUCUGAGGAGGGCUAGCUGCUGGAGGUGGAGGUACUAGUGGUGUGUGUGUGUGUCUGUGUGUGUCUGUGUGUGAGAGAGAGGGAAGACGGCAGCAACAAUAUGGCGACAACCGCAGUUUCUCCACGACCAUUCCUGCAUCUGCAGUCCCGCCAAGGCUUCUCCCCGGAUUCCCUGUAACGUUUCCAAGCGUUAGAUUGGAAUUUUCGGUGACGAUGGAUAGUUUUGGCCUUUCCUCAACCUUUGGUGCUUUGCAGAAUGCAUACAGCUGCUAGAGUGGAUGGUCCAAACCUAAAGACCACAUAGUUGCAGGAUGAAAACAUGGCUGCACCCCUUAUCGCACCGCCAGGACCUAAUAGCUUCAAGAGGUUUAAUGUGGAAUCUUUGGCGACCCUCGAGCUGCGCAUCAACGAGGAGAAGAACAAGAAGCCACCCAAGCAGGACAGCAGUUACCGUGACGACGAUGACGAGAACAAGCCCAAGCCCAACAGCGACCUGGAGGCUGGGAAGAGCCUGCCCUACAUCUAUGGAGACACCCCGAAGGGAAUGGUGGCGGUACCACUGGAUGAUCUGGACCCGUACUACCUGAACUCUCAGAAAACAUUUAUAGUGCUGAAUAGAGGGAAGACAAUCUUCCGUUUUAGUGCCACACCUGCCUUGUACUUCAUAAGUCCUUUUAAUCCAGUUAGGCAAAUAGCUAUUAAAAUUUUGAUACAUUCUCUUUUCAGCAUGAUCAUUAUGUGUACUAUUUUGACCAACUGUAUAUUCAUGACCUUUAGUGAUCCUCCCGAGUGGUCAAAACAAGUAGAGUACACAUUCACAGGAAUUUAUACAUUUGAGUCUCUUGUAAAAAUCACGGCACGAGGAUUCUGUAUAGACCGGUUUACAUUCCUCCGAGAUCCAUGGAACUGGUUGGAUUUCAUGGUCAUCUCCAUGGCAUAUGUAACAGAGUUUGUGGACCUGGGCAAUGUAUCUGCGCUGAGAACGUUCAGAGUUCUCCGAGCAUUGAAAACUAUCUCUGUGAUUCCAGGCCUGAAGACCAUCGUGGGCGCCCUCAUCCAGUCUGUCAAGAAGCUUUCGGACGUUAUGAUCCUGACCGUCUUCUGCCUGAGCGUCUUUGCACUCAUCGGCCUGCAACUCUUCAUGGGCAACCUGCGCCAAAAGUGUGUCUUUUGGCCCAUCAACAACACCGAGAGCUACCUGUCCAAUGGCAGCAGGGGCUUUGACUGGGACGAGUACAUCACCAACAAUACAAAUUUCUACUUCCUGCCUGGCCAGUUAGAUGCUCUUCUCUGUGGGAACAGCACAGACUCUGGCCGCUGCCCGGAGGGCUACAUGUGCAUGAAAGCUGGGAGGAAUCCAAACUACGGCUACACCAGCUUUGACAGCUUCGGCUGGGCCUUCCUGGCUCUCUUCCGACUCAUGACACAAGACUUCUGGGAAAACCUCUACAUGCUGACCCUGAGGGCGGCAGGGAAGACCUACAUGAUCUUCUUUGUCUUGGUGAUCUUUGUGGGCUCCUUUUACUUGGUGAAUCUGAUCCUGGCUGUGGUAGCCAUGGCCUAUGAAGAGCAGAACCAAGCCACCAUGGAGGAGGCCUUGCAGAAGGAGGAGGAAUUCAAGGCCAUGCUGGAGCAGCUCAAGAGACAACAGGAAGACGCUCAAACUGCUGCCAUGGCAACCUCGGCGGGAACAGUCUCAGAGGAUGUGGUAGAGGACGAUGGAGGCGGGCGCCUCUCGUGCAGCUCCUCGGAGAUGUCCAAGCUCAGCUCUAAGAGUGCCAAAGAGCGGCGCAACCGCAAGAAAAAAUGGCGCCAGAAAGAGCAAGAAAAGGAAAAAGGUGACAGUGAGAAGUUUGUCAAGUCAGAGUCGGACGACGGCAGCAAGAGGAGUCGUUUCCGUUUUCCUGAUAACCGUCUGGGACGAAAGUCUUCCAUUAUGAACCAGUCCCUUCUCAGCAUACCCGGCUCGCCCUUCCUGUCCCGCCACAACAGCAAGAGCAGCAUCUUCAGUUUCAAGGGCCGCGGUAAGGACGUGGGUUCAGAAAAUGAGUUUGCCGAUGAUGAACACAGCACGGUGGAGGAGUGCGAGGAGCGCCGGGGAUCCCUGUUCAGCCCAUACCGGCGAAGCAGCUACAGCGGCUACCACGGCAAAAGGAACAGCACAGUGGAUUGCAACGGCGUGGUGUCCCUCAUCGGCCCUGGGCCCGGUGGACGCCUUCUGCCUGAGGUGAAAAUAGAUAAGGCAGCUACCGACGACAGUCCAACUACUGAGGUUGAGGUGAAGAAGAAGCUGUCUGGCUCCCUGAUGGUGUCUGUGGACCAGCUCAAUAUCUCUUUUGGGCGGAAAGAGCGGGCCAACAGUGUCAUGAGCGUCAUUACCAACACACUAGUGGAGGAACUGGAGGAGUCCCAGCGCAAGUGUCCGCCAUGCUGGUAUAAGUUUUCUAACACAUUCCUUAUAUGGGAAUGCUCCCCCACUUGGUUGAAGAUCAAGGAGCUAAUGAACCAGUUCGUCAUGGAUCCCUUUGUGGACCUGGCCAUCACCAUCUGUAUCGUCCUCAACACGCUCUUCAUGGCCAUGGAGCAUUACCCCAUGACCCCUGACUUUGAGCAUAUGCUGUCUGUGGGCAAUUUGGUGUUCACUGGGAUCUUUGCAGGGGAGAUGAUGUUUAAACUGGUGGCCAUGGAUCCUUAUUACUACUUUCAAGAAGCCUGGAAUUGUUUUGAUGGCUUCAUUGUGACGCUGAGUUUAGUCGAGCUGGCUCUAGCUGAUGUCGAGGGUCUUUCGGUGCUGCGGUCGUUCCGAUUGCUGAGAGUGUUUAAGCUGGCCAAGUCAUGGCCGACUCUCAACAUGCUGAUCAAAAUCAUUGGUAACUCGGUGGGCGCUUUAGGAAACUUGACUCUAGUGUUGGCCAUCAUCGUCUUUAUCUUUGCCGUGGUGGGCAUGCAGCUGUUUGGCAAGAGUUACAAAGACUGCGUGUGCAAGAUCGACGCCGACUGUGAGCUGCCACGAUGGCACAUGAACGACUUUUUCCAUUCUUUCCUGAUCGUCUUCCGGGUGCUGUGUGGUGAGUGGAUUGAGACCAUGUGGGACUGCAUGGAGGUAGCAGGCCAGGGCAUGUGCCUCAUCGUGUUCAUGAUGGUCAUGGUCAUCGGUAACUUGGUGGUGUUGAACCUGUUCCUUGCCUUGCUGCUGAGCUCAUUCAGCGCUGACAACUUGGCUGCAACGGACGACGACGGGGAGCUCAACAACCUGCAGAUUUCCGUCAUACGCAUCAAGAAAGGUAUUGCGUGGUCAAAAGUCAAAAUGCGUCUGCUGAUGGCCAGUUUGUUGAGAAAACCGCCAAUGGAGGAUGAGCAGAAGCCUUUGGACGACAUGUACGACAAGAAGCUCAACUGCAUUGCCAACCACACUGGGGUCGACAUCAACAGAGAUCUGGACUAUGCAAAGAAUGGUAAUGGGACCACCAGCGGCAUUGGCAGCAGUGUGGGCAAGUACAUGAUCGACGAGGACCACAUGUCGUUCAUCCACAACCCGAACCUGACCGUCUGUGUGCCCAUUGCUGUUGGGGAGUCUGAUUUUGAGAACCUUAAUACGGAAGACUUCAGUAGCGAGUCGGAAAACGAAAACAGCAAAGAGCUGGACGACACCAGCUCAUCAGAGGGAAGCACGAUUGACAUCAAGCCAGAUGUGGAGGAGGUGGUGGUGGUGGAGCCGGUGGAGGAAUACAUGGAACCAGAAGCAUGCUGGACAGAUGGGUGUGUGGCCAAGUACAAGUGCUGUGAUGUCGACAUUACCAUGGGCUGGGGGAAGCCGUGGUGGUUCUUGAGGAAAACUUGCUACCUGAUUGUAGAGCAUAACUGGUUUGAGACCCUCAUCAUCUUCAUGAUCCUCCUAAGCAGUGGAGCUCUGGCCUUUGAGGAUGUGUACAUUGAGCAAAGGAAAACCAUCCGGGUCAUUCUGGAAUAUGCAGACCGAGUUUUUACCUACAUCUUUAUCCUGGAGAUGUUGCUGAAAUGGGUGGCCUAUGGUUUUGUCAAGUACUUCACCAACGCUUGGUGUUGGCUGGACUUCUUCAUUGUGGAUGUGUCUAUAGUCAGCCUUGUAGCUAAUGCGCUGGGCUACUCCGAUCUAGGGCCCAUUAAAUCUCUCAGGACACUAAGGGCCUUGAGACCCCUCAGAGCCUUGUCACGUUUUGAAGGGAUGAGGGUGGUAGUCAACGCCUUGGUGGGUGCCAUCCCUUCCAUUAUGAAUGUGUUGCUGGUUUGCCUCAUCUUUUGGCUGAUUUUCAGUAUCAUGGGGGUCAACCUGUUUGCGGGCAAGUACUACUUCUGUUUCAACGAGACCUCUGAGGAAUACUUUCCUGUCGAUGUGGUUGACAACAAGACCCAAUGCGAAGCCCUCAUUGAGCAAAACUUUACUGAGGUCAGAUGGAAGAAUGUAAAAAUUAACUUUGACAACGUGGGCGCCGGCUACCUGGCCUUGCUGCAAGUGGCCACAUUCAAAGGCUGGAUGGACAUUAUGUAUGCCGCUGUGGACUCCAGAGGGGUGGAAGACCAGCCCAAAUAUGAAGGCAACAUCUACAUGUACAUCUACUUUGUCGUCUUCAUCAUAUUUGGCUCCUUCUUCACCCUCAACCUCUUUAUUGGUGUGAUCAUUGACAACUUCAACCAGCAGAAGAAAAAGUUUGGAGGUCAGGAUAUCUUCAUGACAGAGGAACAGAAGAAGUACUACAACGCCAUGAAAAAACUGGGCUCGAAAAAGCCUCAAAAACCCAUCCCUCGACCACAGAACAAGAUCCAAGGCAUGGUGUUUGACUUUGUCACGCAGCAGGUUUUUGACAUCUCCAUUAUGAUCCUCAUUUGCCUUAACAUGGUCACCAUGAUGGUCGAAACGGACGACCAGUCGGACGAAACGGAGAAUGUCCUCUACUGGGUCAACUUCAUCUUCAUCGUGGUCUUCACCACAGAGUUCUUGCUCAAGCUCUUUGCUCUUCGCCACUACUACUUCACCAACGGCUGGAAUAUCUUUGACGUGGUGGUGGUCAUCCUGUCCAUUGUUGGUAUGUUCUUGGCCGACCUCAUUGAGAAGUACUUUGUAUCGCCGACUCUGUUCAGGGUGAUCCGGUUGGCUCGUAUCGGACGUAUCCUGCGUCUCAUCAAAGGAGCUAAGGGCAUCCGGACUUUACUGUUCGCUCUGAUGAUGUCACUGCCGGCCUUGUUCAACAUCGGCCUCCUACUCUUCCUGGUCAUGUUCAUUUUCUCCAUCUUCGGCAUGUCCAACUUUGGUUAUGUGAAACACGGAGCCGGCAUCGACGACUUAUACAACUUUGAGACUUUCGGCAACAGCAUGAUCAUCCUGUUCAUGAUCACCACGUCGGCCGGCUGGGACGGCUUGCUCCUUCCCAUCCUCAACUACCCGCCGGACUGCAACCCCGCCUACGAAAACCCCGGAACGAACGUGAAAGGCAACUGCGGCAACCCUUCGGUGGGAAUCUUUUUCUUUGUCAUGUACAUCAUCAUUUCAUUCCUGAUCGUGGUGAACAUGUACAUUGCCAUCAUUCUGGAGAACUUCAGCGUGGCCACCGAGGAAAGCGCCGAUCCACUUAGCGAGGACGACUUUGAGACGUUCUACGAGAUCUGGGAGAAAUUUGACCCGACCGCCUCCCAGUUUAUCACUUUCGCCAAGCUGCCCGACUUUGCCGACGCCCUGGAACACCCGCUUCGUGUGCCCAAACCUAACACAAUAGAGCUGAUCGCCAUGGACAUGCCCAUGGUGAGCGGCGAUCGCAUUCACUGCCUGGACAUCUUGUUUGCCUUCACAAAGCGUGUGCUGGGCGACAGUGGUGAGUUGGACAUGCUGAGGCAGCAGAUGGAGGAGCGUUUUGUGGCAGCCAAUCCUUCCAAGGUGUCAUACGAGCCCAUCACCACCACGCUCCGCCGCAAACAGGAGUACGUCUCCGCCAGAAUCAUUCAGAACGCCUAUCGCGCCCACCUCAUCAGGCGCGGCAUCAUCUUCAAGCGCCAUAUUUUCACAAACAAUAAGCUGGAGAACGGCGGGACCAACCAAGAGCAGAAGGAGAGCACUCCGUCCACGGCCUCGCUCCCCUCCUACGACAGCGUGACUAAACCCGACAAGGAGAAGCAGGACGACAACAAGGACGAGUGGGCCAGGAAAGAGAAGGACAAAAACCAAAAAGACGAGUGGGAAUCCAAGUGUUAGGGUUCGGCGACUCUUCCUGUUCAAUAAAACACAGCGAGAUGAGACUCUGGAGCCCAAAUGUAGAAACAAUUUGCAAGUUACAAAACCCAAGAAAGAAACGUUUACAAACUCGUACUGCUGAGGCGACCUGGUCUCUUAUGUCAUCAAAGACAGCUGAACCAAACACAAUCAGUCUGCUGUAUAGGGACCAAGUUGGACUAUCAGUGUGUUGCCAGUCGCACACAUUCCUAGUGGGGACCAACUUGCCAAGGCGCACACACACACACACACACAAACACACAACAGCAAUCCCUGCCACCGCCGAGCGUGAAGAAGCCCCUUCUGCAAAGCUUCCACGCUGCCGGAGCGGACCGUCCCGCUAGAACUGACCCAUCAGUCUUAAAGGAAGGUUCCAGAACACAGAGUUAAUGGAGAGGAAAAUAAAACAAGUUUAGGGGGGGGGGGGGGGUCAAGGAAACCCAGUACCGUAGACAAAGAUUUGUUUUGUUUUGUUCGUGCUGAGUAGACUUGCAUCUUUACAUCAUUUGAGCAGCAAAAAAACCCAGUCCAUGUCACAAACCUUUCCAUCUCUUUGUUAUUCCGACUGAAGACAUUUUUGGCGCUCGCACUGACCGACCGACUCAGUUUUGACUUGGGCUGAAGGACCGAGUCCCAGAUAAAUACUAUUGUCCUUGUUCAAUGCAUAGAAAUGACUUGCAUGAAGGCAUGUUUUGAACAGGAAUCACGCAUGAGUAAUCACAGUCCACCUAAUCCUCACAACGCCAUGACGGCAAUGAGACGUCAAACCAUGGUCAUUCAGGAAUUUCUUUUUGCUGCUCUGCAUGUCAAAGUGGAAGAGAUGAGAAUAUCCUCAUGUUGAGGAUGCACGGAUUCGGAGAGCAGGUCUUCCUCAAUCCAAAUCUGGGGCGUAGGUUCAUGUCCUUGUUUACUUUCAUCUGUCUUACAGUCUUGAGGAUAUCAGCCCAAUAAUUGUUGUCGCCGCUUUUGUUUUGGGCUGGCGGAGGUAAAAAAAAACGUGUUCCAUGCAGUAGGUUAGGGAUUCAUUUCUUUUGUACACUUUGACAAGAUAUGCAUCAGAGCUUCCCAGCGAACGAGUGCUUUUUGGGACAGUUUGGAGUCUCUCUGAUGUCCCUUGUGAUGCAAUCAUCCUCAGAAAAGGCUUUUUUUUAGCGAGAGUGACACGGCGCGUCUGGGGUUAGCGGCCAGUUAUCCCGAGGACUCGCCUUGUCGUGCCUAUAGCGUCAAUGCAGAAGGGGGGAAAGCGCACCAAAGGGCUUGUGGUUUCUAGAUCUAAAAAAAAAAGGGUUUUGUCUGCGGGCGCCGCUCGGUCACAGAAUCAACGUCCGACUGCCAUGAGAGGAAGGAGGAGACUUUGGGGAAAAGUCAGUGUAUCAUUGUGCUUUUGUGAGACCCUCUUUUCACACAAGUAUAUCACACGCUUCCAAUUUGUUAGGCCGACACAAACAAGGUGAAACAUCAGCAGGCCUCACAUUGAUGCAGCUAUGGUGUGAAAAACAACAAAAAAGAUGAAGUCAUGUGAGGCUUUGUCAAUCCAGCUGCCUCCUUUAGGUGUUCCUGCCAUUCCUUUUCUACACUUGGAGUCGAUGGUCCUAUAUUUCUAAGCGGAUGAGGCGGACGUUUCUCCGGUCAUCCCGCCGUCGCACCACUGAUGCCAUUUGGUGUGUUUAACACUGCCUGGACCCCGACCCCCCGACCCCCUCCCUUUUUUGUGUGUGCCAUGAACCCAGGUCUGUUUACAAUAAGAGCAGAUUUGGCUGCUGCACACUGAAACCAAAUGCAUUCCCCACCAGAACCGUCGCAGGAGCGAGCGGCGUCGUCCGAAACUCAAGCGUGCUCGUUCCGGAUGUGAGCCUUCCCGAGGACUCAUCCAUUCCCGCUGGAAGGAAGAACAAAGACAAAAAAAAAAACCCACACCGAUGUACAGUACAGUACAGUACAGUACAGUGCAGUAUAGUGCAGGCUACCAUGCAAAUGGCACAAUGGCUGACAGAGAACGACCUUUUUGAGAGAAACUAUAAAUAGUGUACCAUAUGAUUUUAUUUUACCGGCAUGCUUUGUUGUGUUUUUUUGUAAAUAAGGAAUUUUAAAAAUGUUACUACUACUAAUCAAAGAAAGAACAAAAACAAAAAGAAUAACAAUAAUAGAAUGGCUUCCAGCUAUGCCCUUUGUCACAUUUGUUACCUUUUGGAUUUUUUGACACACUUUUCACUUUGUUGACGAAUAUUGAAUGAUAUAUAUAUAUACACAGUAUAUAUAUGUAUAUACAUAUAUGUUUGUAUGUAUAUACAUAUAUAGAUAUCGAUAGAUAUAGAUAGAUAGUAUAUAAUACAAAAGAUCUAUACAUGUAUGUCUAUAUGUAUUUACAUAAAACAGAAGAACACUGUCACAUUUGAUUUAUGUGCAACACGUUCAGUGGAUGUCUAAAGAGCACCCGUCAAUGUUGGUAUGUGUGUGUGUGUGCGUGUGUGUGUAUGGGGUGGGGUACCAGCUUAAAUGUGAUGUCAAUGGAGCUGCUUGCCAUGGAUUGUAGCCUGAUGAUGACGACAAGGAUAAUGUUUCCAGCACGUCUCACCUUCACCGUCAGUUUACAGGACACACACAUGCACAUGCACGCAUACACACACUGCCCUUCUCUACCAGCUCUUCCUGAAGGACAUCAGCUGACUCCCUGCCCUACCACCUUUCCUGCCCACCACCACAUCAGUGCCAUUACAGCUCACAUUCCCCCGUCUUCUCAUCCUCAUCUUUUUCCUUUUUCUUCUUCUUCUUCUUCUUCUUCUAGUGUUCCACUCGAUGGCUUGUGCCUUUUUUUCUGCAGAUUUGGACACCACAAAAAAAACAAAAGAAAAAAAUGAUACUUAUGUUUGGGAGUUAGGGUUCGUGGGUGAGCACAACGUUAAUCAGGGAUGCGGAGUCAUCAAAAAUACUGCCAGAGGAUGUUGGCAACACCUCAUUUUGUGUCCAUAUUCAACUGUGUGUAAAGUGAACUGAAAACUCAAAACUGUCCUGUACUACUUCUUUUAUAAUGCAAUGUGUGUAAGUGUGUGUGAGUGUGUGCGUGUGUGUGAAUGUGUGUCACCCACUUGGCUUGUGAAAAAGCAGCUUGCCUUCUAUACUUCUUUUUCGGUUCCUAUAUAUUUACGUUAUCCAUCUGAAAUUUAUUUUUGUAUCGAUAUUUGACGAUAAGACUCGUUAGUUUUUUUUUUAAAGCAUGGUUUAAUUAUUAAUUUUUUUUCGUUGAAAAAUUAAAAGUGCUUUUCAAACUGUUAUCAUUUGACACAGUGAUUUGAAAAAAAAGAAAAAGAAAAAAGAUAUACAGUACCAUAUGCUGGUGUGUUGCACAACCACUUGGACUCCUGGCAAGAAUAUAUGAAAGAUUGUCUUCAUUUGAGCACGAACCUUUUUAUUACCAAUAAAGCAGCCUUCCAGUUACCACGGUCUGCUGGUUUCUUAUGGAUUCUUUAAGGACAUCUUGCUGUGGACCAUGCAGGGACAGGCAGUCAGGUUCAUGGCUGGUGAGGCACUGACUUGUUUCACCCUCAGGCCCUGCGAUGAGGUGGCGACUUGUCCAGGGUGUACCCCGCCUUCCGCCCGAUUGCACCUGGGAUAGACUCAAGCACCCCCGCGACCCUAAGAGGGACAAAAAACGGAUGUAAGGAUGUGAUAUUUUUUUAUUAUUAUUAGUUUGACAUUUUGAAAGCCUUUAUAUCAAAUGAUGUCACAGUUAUCAAUCCGUAUAAAUUUGCAUACAAUGAAGGAUUUUUCUCUUUUAAAACCUGUGACAUUAUCUGAUUCUAAAGGGACAUAAUAAAUUCCCAUUUUUUCUGAUAUUUUUUGGUUUGGGACUGAAGUUUAUUUUGAAAAAACUGAGCAAAAAAGGGAAACGUUUUAAAAAUUAAAAGAGUUUUAGGCUUUCCUUGGCUUUGAAGACAAUCAAAAUCCAGAGUCUAACUUUAAAUCCUUGCGCUCUAAUCAAUGUAUCCAGAAACACUUUGUUGCACUAAGUUUGUCAUGUGAGCAAGUUUUAAUGUUGUAAAUGUGAUAUUUUAUGUGUUGUUUACUGUUUUUAAUGUAACCUUGCUGCUGCCCUCUUGGCCAGGUCUUCCUUGAAAAAGAGAUCUUUGAUCUCAAUGGGAUUUUUUUUGCCUGGUUAAAUAAAGGCUAAA